AUGCGUCCUCGGCUUCGGGGAGGGAGCGGAAAGUUCGGAUUCACCUGGAAGUCCCUGGGAGUGACAUCCGGUAUCGGUGGACUCCUCCUCGGUUUCCUCCUCUAUCUCCGAAGGGAAAAGGAGGCGAGGAUCGAAAGGGAACGGAAACGUCACCUGGGCAAGGCCCUCGUCGGAGGUCGCUUCAGUCUCGUGGAUCACGACGGCAAGCCGAGGACCAGCGAGGAUUUCCACGGGCGAUGGUGCCUCCUGUAUUUCGGCUUCACUCAUUGCCCGGACGUCUGCCCCGACGAGUUGGAAAAGCUGAGCAAGGCCGUGGACAUCCUCGGGGAACGGGAGGGAUCGGAAUCCGUCCAACCGCUUUUCAUCACGGUGGAUCCGGAACGAGACUCGGUGCCCGUCGUCAAGGAGUACGUGCGAGAGUUCCAUCCUCGCCUGCUGGGACUCACGGGGACCAAAGAACAGGUGGACCAGGCUUGCAAGGCCUAUCGCAUCUACUACAGCGCCGGACCGAGGGAUCAAGACCAGGAUUACAUUGUCGAUCACACCAUCAUGAUCUACCUCGUGAAUCCCGAUGGGGAAUUUGUGGAUUAUUACGGUGGGAAUCGCAGCGCGGAGGAGAUUGCAUCGAGUGUCGCAACACGUUCUGGAAAGAGCAUCCUUGUGACGUCAAACAGGGGAGCCAAGGGGAAGCCUCUUUUCGACGAGUCUGGGGAGUGGCUCGGUUGGAAGCUUCCUCGACUCCCACGACAGGGGAUCCAGGCAUUUCGGAAUGCCAGUGCCGUCGUCUUGAGGAAGGGAUACCCCAAGCAAGAAGUGGGAAAUUAA